UCCUUGACUGGGACUAUGCUGCGCGAAGCAGAUACGCAGAAUGUGCCAGGAAAGGAACUCAAACAAUACACAGGGCUCGUGCAAUGAUAGUUGGAUGCGUAGGGGCUGGAAAAUCUACUUUGCUUAAACGUCUACAGAAAAGAAGUCUGGAUGAACUGAAACAGAUUCAGUCUACAGUAGGAUUAGAAGUACACGAAGACAUAUUUGAGAUUGCUCCGGAAUCUGAUUGCCUAAAAGACCUACCAGUUGACACAGAUAAAGAGGGGAAGCAACUCUUGAGUAUUUUGGACUUUGGUGGACAGUGCGCCUAUUACGCGUGUCACCAGGUCUACCUCAGCAGAAGAGCCUUAUAUCUUCUUGUUAUCAACAUGUCUAAGAGAUUUGAUGAGAAAGUUGAUCCAUUACUAUGUGAACAGGAAGGGACCAUGUUUACUGACUGGUCGUAUGGCGAAUACAUGUUGUUUUGGUUGAAGUCAGUGCAUACCUACUGUGACAAUGACGCCCCAGUGAUCAUCGUCGGAACUCAUCUAGAUCAAGCCGUAGGACAGAACUCCAAUAUAUUGUUCAACAGCAUACUGGAUUACCUCCAAUUCGACAAGCACUUAAAGACACACCUGGAUAGAAACCGCUGCUUCGUUCUAGGUUUUAAGUCGGAUGGUUCGCCAUUCCAGGACACGCUAACCAACCUAGAGAAGUGUAUGGUUUCAAUUGCUAAACAAGAUAGAUGGAAGGAAACCAUUCCUACAGACUGGGCACUGUCUGAAGUCGUACUCCGAGAACUCAGAGGACAGAGAAAAAGAAUGGCAUCGGUUACAGAACUCUCGAUACGUUGUUUUGGGGGAAACGAAGAGAAAUACACACAAAUCAGAGAUAUCCUGAAAUUUUACCAUGAUAUAGGCGUCAUACUACACUUUGACGAGGGUUCUCUUGCCGAAACUGUCAUCAUUGACAUCCAGUGGUUUGUUGAUUCCUUCAAGAACAUAAUAACCGAUCCAAACCAUAUCAGGGAUAAUAUCGACAACCACAGCGAUUGGAGGGAUUUUAACGAAAAUGGUCACAUACAAGACAUUCUCUUGACCAAACUCUGGGGCAGUCAGAAGUUUGAAAUCAAUCUCCGUGACAAAAACGACUUGUUACAUUACAUGGAACGUCUUGGUCUCAUCUUUAUUGGUCCACAGGCGCAUUACAUUCCUUGCAUGAACAAGAGAUCCUUUGCUACCCAACAACAGAACGAUUUGCAAUCCAUUCAAAACAAAACAUCAGUAAUGGUCUUUCGAUUUCCCUUUCUGCCAUAUUUUAUUUAUUUUCGUCUGAUUGUUGCUUGUCUGACCAGUCGAGAAUGGAGAUUUCCAAGAGACGAACGCUUAUCUUUAUAUAAAAAUCUUGCAUGUUUUGUCUAUAAGAACCACACUGUAGCCCUUGCUGUGAAUGAAUACUCGAUUCAACUUCAAGUUUUUCAGCGCCAGAAAGAUCCAAUCUCAAAAACUGUCACAUUGGAAAUUCGUGAUGAUAUUGAAAGAUUACUGAAUGAUUUAACCUGUAACUUUCACAAGAAAAUCACGUACACUGUAGGAUUUCAAUGCUCAAAACAGGAGGUGUUUCGUGAACAUGAUGACUGUUUUGUUGAAGAAACAAAAAUCCACGGAAAAGGCAAGCAGACCUGCCCAAUACACGAAGCAGAAAAUCAUCAUAUCCUAAGGAAAUCAAACCUCCUAUAUUAUUGGAAUAAGGAUGUUCGGGACGGACCAACAAAUCUGUCCGUUGUUUUAUCUGAGAGUGACUUGUUGAAGUUCAACAAGAUGAUUGGGAGUGAUAUGGAAUUGAUUGCAACCUGCUUGGGAUUAUCAGAAGUGGAGAUGGAUAGAUUGAAGAUGGAAAAUCCCACGUCUAUGAGUAAUGUGGUACAGAAGAUCCUUCUCACAUGGAAACGCAAGCGUGGCCCUACAGCAACAUUAGAGAACUUAGAGAAAUCCCUACAGGACGCAGAAAGAGACACUACUGCAAGCGUGGACUGGAGUGUGAUUAAUCGAGCAAAGGAGGAUAUUCUGAAAGAAAGAAAUGAACUGAUGCAAUAGAUACGACAUUGCAAAGGCGGGACUACGUAUGCAAAUAUGUUGUAGGCUAAUCGAGUCAAUAAUCAAUCUAAGGGAAUGACCCUGCUGGUUUUUUGUGGGUUUUUUUUUAAUUAUUGUUUGCGAUAUAAUGUGUGUCAGAAAGAACAGUCGAUACGGAUGGUUACGUGUGAUUAACAUUUUCACCAGAGAACACAUCCUUCAGUUCAGUGUAUUCGGAAUAAAAGGUCAAAAGUCAAUUACAGUAUAAACUAAUCUUAAUCUCAAUACACUUUACAAAUUUUGCAUCCCAUAGUGUAGAUCGGUUUGCCUUCAAAAAUCUUUUUUGAUAUUAGUUUUUUGCAGAUAGCAGAAAAUCGUUGCUAACUUUUGUUUUUUGUUCAAACAUAGCAAAGUUUAUCAUCCAGACCAGCGUAAGUCAUGAAUGAUACUUGUUAGAUUUACAUAUGUAAUUACCGAAUUGAUUUAUUGUGUUUUGUUUGUAUUAUUUUUUUUUUUUACACAUUUCUAUAUUAAAACUGAUGAUAGGGUUAAACCAUGCCUGUGUAUCCAGUAGUGAAUGAAUAUCUUUGUCAGUGAUAAAAUGUUCUUUAUUUAUGUACAGUUUUAGUAUGUAGUCCUUCCUUCAUAAUUAUCUUUUUUGUAGUUCAUGAUCUGAAAAAAAGAUCAUAACCUAUUAGCGGAGAAAAAUUGUAAAAAAAAAAAAAAAAAAAAAAAAAAAAGAAAAAAACAGAUAUAUCAAAAAAAUUAAAAACUAAAAAAAUGGAAGAAUUUGCCUACCGUAUAGAAUCAUGUUUGUCAACCAAUUUUCUGCUUACCCAUGUCAUGUUCAUGAUGGGGAUUUACAGGUGGAAAUAUAAUUCCUAAUGUGAGCUAUGUAGCUCAUUAUAGCUUCUUGUAUGAUAUUUCAUACACAAGAUCGAUUAUAAUACAAAACAUUACAAAGUCUACAAAUGUCACUACUAACAUUACCAUUUCUUGUUUUAUCCAAAUUAUUUGUUAACUGUAAAUAUUUGGAUUUUUUGCUUACAAAAAUGAUUUAUUUCUUGCGAAAUGAGAUGGAAAUUAUGCCAGACCUUUUCCUUGGCUGCGCUACAGAAUACUUUUACCUUUAUGAUGUUGUCUAACUGCUGAAGAGCUGGAACCAAGUCAGCAGCUGUAAAGGACAGUUGUUAUGUUGAUUUCAUACAAUAACAACAAAGUUUUAACAUUUGAGUUUUAAUAAAUCAAAGUUUAUAACUGUUUGACAUUUUCAUGAAUUAUUUGUAAAUCAUUGAUAUCCAUAUUGUAUAUAAAUAAUAUAAGUAUAACGAGAAAGA